AUGGAUAGAAGAAACCCCCAGAACCACAGGGGAAACUCAAGGCCAUUUGACCAUGGAGCAGUAGCUGAUCGAGCUUACAGCCAGAUCCACUGCAGAAAUGGCCAAAUACACGGGCUGCAUGAGUUUCGCAGCGCAUUUCAGCAGGAGAGGGUGAGCUUUGGCCACAGGAUCCGCUAUGAAAAGGACAAGGUCAAACAUCUUGAGGGGUUACUGAAUCACAUCGACUCAGGGAAUGACCAGCAGCUUAAAAGGCAAUUUGACACCAUCAAGAACUGUGAGGCAGAAAUCUCACGCUUGAAGAAGAAUAUGAAAGCCGCAGAAUGCCAACACAAGCAGCAGGUGGACAUUAUUCUGGCAAGACAUGUAGUAGAGAAAGCACAGCUCUCAGACCAGAGCAACCAGGGGACAUCCCACAGUCAGAACAGCGAUGGUACUCUGCAGUUGGACGCAGAGACCACAAAACUGCUGAUAAGGAAAGGGGAUGAACUUUCUGAGUGUUUGAAUGUCUGGGUGCAACGAUACAGUGCUCUGGAGGAGACGAUGGAAGCUGCAGAGCAAAAACACAAGCAGCAGCUGGAAGAAACAGUGGCAGGGUAUGAGGCACAGCAACAGAAGCUCUCAGCCCAGAAUGAAGAAGCCAACCUGGUGAACUUGAACCUGCUGAAGAAAAGAGAGGAAGAACUCCUUCAGUACGAGGAAAGGUUCACCAAGAACCUGGCAGAGAAGCAACAGAUGGAGUUGAAACUGAAAGAGGAGACUCAGGAAAAGACAGACCUGGCCAAGGAAAAUCUGCGCUGUAAGACGGAUGUCAAACAGCUGAAAGAGCAGAUUAGAGAGCACGAGGAAAAGUUCUCCAAAGACCUGGCAGAUAAAAGCGCUCUGACGGAGAAGGUGGAAGCUGCAGAGCGCCAACACAAGCAGCACAUGGACGACAUGGUGGCUGGGUAUGAGGCACAGCAACAGAAGCUCUCAGCCCAGAAUGACAAGGCCAACCUGGUGAACUUGAACCUGCUGAAGAAAAGAGAGGAAGAACUCCUUCAGUACGAGGAAAGCUUCACCAAGAACCUGGCAGAGAAGCAACAGAUGGAGUUGAAAUUGAAAGAGGAGACUCAGGAAAAGACAGACCUGGCCAAGAAAAAUCUGCGCUGUGAGACGGAUGUCAAACAGCUGAAAGAGCAGAUUAGAGAGCACGAGGAAAAGAGCUCCAAAGACCUGGCCGAUAAAAGCGCUCUGACGGAGAAGGUGGAAGCUGCAGAGCGCCAACACAAGCAGCACAUGGACGACAUGGUUGCUGGGUAUGAGGCACAGCAACAGAAGCUCUCAGCCCAGAAUGAAGAGGCCAACCUGGUGAACUUGAACCUGCUGAAGAAAAGAGAGGAAGAACUCCUUCAGUACGAGGAAAGGUUCACCAAGAACCUGGCAGAGAAACAACAGAUGGAGUUGAAACUGAAAGAGGAGACUCAGGAAAAGACAGACCUGGCCAAGGAAAAUCUGCUCUGUGAGACGGAUGUCAAACAGCUGAAAGAGCAGAUUAGAGAGCACGAGGAAAAGAGCUCCAAAGACCUGGCCGAUAAAAGCGCUCUGACGGAGAAGGUGGAAGCUGCAGAGCGCCAACACAAGCAGCACAUGGACGACAUGGUGGCUGGGUAUGAGGCACAGCAACAGAAGCUCUCAGCCCAGAAUGACAAGGCCAACCUGGUGAACUUGAACCUGCUGAAGAAAAGAGAGGAAGAACUCCUUCAGUACGAGGAAAGCUUCACCAAGAACCUGGCAGAGAAGCAACAGAUGGAGAUGAAACUGAAAGAGGAGACUCAGGAAAAGACAGACCUGGCCAAGGAAAAUCUGCGCUGUGAGACGGAUGUCAAACAGCUGAAAGAGCAGAUGAGAGAGCACGAGGAAAGGUUCUCCAAAGACCUGGCCCAGAACCAAGAGACCUUGCAAACCAAGGUUAAAUUGGUGGAGACCAAAUUGUCCUUGGUUUCCCAGGAGAAGGAGGUCCUGGCCCAGCAACACCAGAACCUCGAGAAGGAACUGAAGGAGGUUCAGGCCGAACUAAAAAUGGUCAAAGAAGAGAAGACCCAGAGCAGCGAGAGGGGAGUCAAACUGAUGGAGACCAAAGUCAAACAGUUUGAGGAGCAGACGAAGGAGCAGCAGGGAAAGUUCUACAAAGACCUGGCCCAGAAAAAGCAAAGCUGGGAAACAAAGGAGAAGAAGAUGGAGGAGGAGAAGAAACUUCUGGAAGACCUCUGUCUUUACAUGAAGAACAAGAGGAGAGGGUUCUUAUUCCGCAGGAGGGACACUGAGGACAGAGACGUCACCUUGCAGAAAAUGUUAAGCAAGAUGCAAGAGAAGGAGAAGAGGAAGAAACAAUGUAGGGGGGGAGCUGAAGCAUGA